GGCUGACGUCGCUGGGCCCGGCGUCGCGUCAGGGCUGGCCGGCGGUGGCGGCGGCGGCGGCGGAGGCGGCGAUGGCAGCGGACACUGAGCGGGCUUGAGGGCUCGGACCUGCUCCCUCCCGCGCGACCUCGGGCCCGACCCGGCGCUGCGGUCCCUGCUCUCUCCCCUCCUGCUUCCUCCCCGGCCGCUGCCUGGGCGGAGGCGGAGGCGGAGGCGGAGGCCCGGGCUGGCCGCCCUGCUCGUGCCCCGGCUCGGCCCCGGACGGCCCGGCUGCUGUGCGGAGAGGAGGCCGAGUCGGUAGUGAAAAGCAAACACGGAAGAAAUAGGAUCUCAAGAUGAGUAAAAAGCCCCCAAAUCGUCCUGGAAUCACUUUUGAGAUUGGUGCGCGUUUGGAGGCCCUGGACUACUUACAGAAAUGGUAUCCGUCACGGAUUGAAAAAAUCGACUAUGAGGAGGGCAAGAUGUUGGUCCAUUUUGAGCGUUGGAGUCAUCGUUAUGAUGAGUGGAUUUACUGGGAUAGCAAUAGGUUGAGACCCCUGGAGAGACCCGCAUUAAGAAAAGAAGGGCUAAAAGAUGAGGAAGAUUUCUUUGAUUUUAAAGCUGGAGAAGAAGUUUUGGCUCGUUGGACAGACUGUCGCUAUUACCCUGCCAAGAUUGAAGCAAUUAACAAAGAAGGAACAUUCACAGUUCAGUUUUACGAUGGAGUAAUUCGUUGUUUAAAAAGAAUGCACAUUAAAGCCAUGCCCGAGGAUGCUAAGGGGCAGUUUCUGUUCCAGGUGAAAUCCCAGCAUCCACUAAGCUGGUGUUGUCCUAUCGACCCAGCUGGAUCGUGGAACCAGUCUAUGGGAAGUGAGGAUUGGAUAGCUUUAGUCAAAGCAGCUGCUGCAGCUGCAGCCAAGAAUAAAACAGGGAACAAACCUCGCACCAGCGCUAACAGCAAUAAAGACAAAGAUGAGAGGAAAUGGUUUAAAGUACCUUCAAAGAAGGAAGAGACUUCAACUUCUAUAGCUUCAUCAGAAGUUGAGAAGAAGGAAGAUCUGCCCACAUCUAGUGAAACAUUUGUAGGACUUCAUGUAGAGAACGUUCCAAAGAUGGUCUUUCCACAGCCAGAGAGCACAUUAUCAAACAAGAGGAAAAAUAACCAAGGCAACUCAUUUCAGGCAAAGAGAGCUCGACUUAACAAGAUUACUGGUUUGUUGGCAUCCAAAGCUGUUGGGGUGGAUGGUGCUGAAAAAAAGGAAGACUUCAAUGAAACGGCUCCAAUGCUGGAGCAGGCGAUUUCACCUAAACCUCAAAGUCAGAAAAAAAAUGAAGCUGACAUUAGCAGUUCUGCCAACACUCAGAAACCUGCACUGUUAUCCUCAACUUUGUCUUCAGGGAAGGCUCGCAGCAAGAAAUGCAAACAUGAAUCUGGAGAUUCUUCUGGGUGUAUAAAACCCCCUAAAUCACCACUUUCCCCAGAAUUAAUACAAGUCGAGGAUUUGACGCUUGUAUCUCAGCUUUCUUCUUCAGUGAUAAAUAAAACUAGUUCUCCACAGCCUGUGAACCCCCCUAGACCUUUCAAGCAUAGUGAGCGGAGAAGAAGAUCUCAGCGCUUAGCCACCUUGCCCAUGCCUGAUGAUUCCAUAGAAAAGGUUUCUCCUCCCUCUCCAGCCACUGAUGCGAGCAUGUUCUCCAUCAGUUCUCAGAAUCAGCAAGAGUCUUCAGUACCAGAGGUGCCCGAUGUUGCACAUUUGCCACUCCAGAAGCUGGGACCCUGUCUCCCUCUUGACUUAAGUCGUGCCUCAGAAGUUUCGGCACCGCCCGCCCCAGAGCCCGUUUGUCCUCAUGAAUGUCCCAGGCCAGAAAAGGAAGACGCACAGAUGCUUACGAAUCCCUCUUCCAGAGCGAUAGCUGAUGGAAAAGGAGCUCCAACAGCAUCAGGACUAUCGAAAACAGAAAAAAAAGUGAAAUUGGAAGAAAAAAGCUCAACAGCAUUUGGUAAGAGAAGAGAGAAGGAUAAGGAAAGAAAAGAGAAGAAAGACAAAGAUCACUACAAACCAAAACAGAAGAAGAAAAAGAAAAAGAAAAAGAAAUCCAAGCAGCAUGACUAUUCAGACUAUGAAGACAGUUCUCUAGAAUUUCUGGAAAGGUGCUCUUCUCCACUAACUCGAUCUUCUGGGAGUUCUCUGGCUCUGCGAAGCAUGUUUACGGAGAAAAAUACAACAUAUCAGUACCCAAGGGCAAUUUUGUCAGUUGAUCUUAGUGGUGAAAACUUAUCGGAUGUGGAAUUCCUAGACGAUUCUUCAACAGAGAGUUUACUUCUAAGUGGGGAUGAGUACAAUCAGGACUUCGAUUCCACCAAUUUUGAGGAAUCUCAGGAUGAAGAUGAUGCUCUUAAUGAGAUCGUGCGAUGUAUCUGCGAAAUGGAUGAGGAGAACGGCUUCAUGAUCCAGUGCGAAGAGUGUCUGUGCUGGCAGCACAGCGUGUGCAUGGGGCUCCUGGAGGAGAGCAUCCCCGAGCAGUACGUCUGCUACAUCUGCAGGGACCCUCCCGGUCAGAGGUGGAGCGCAAAAUACCGCUAUGAUAAGGAUUGGUUGGAUAACGGGAGAAUGUGCGGGUUAUCAUUUUUGAAGGAAAAUUAUUCUCAUCUCAAUGCCAAAAAGAUAGUUUCCACACACCACCUGCUUGCUGACGUCUAUGGAGUCACGGAAGUCCUGCACGGGCUACAGCUGAAGAUUGGAAUUCUGAAGAAUAAACAUCAUCCCGACCUCCAUCUCUGGGCUUGUUCUGGAAAGCGAAAAGACCAAGAUCAAGGAAUUGCGGGGGUAGAGAAAAAAAUGACAGCACAAGACACAGGGAGUGUUGAGGAGAAGAAAUACCAUGUUCAGAACCAUAAAGAACCACCUCGUGUGCCCCUAAAAAUGGAAGGAACUUACAUAACAAGUGAGCACAGCUACCAAAAGCCACAAAAUUUUGGUCAAGACUGCAAAUCUCUCGCAGACCCUGGGAGCUCAGACGACGACGAUGUUAGCAGUUUUGAAGAGGAACAAGAAUUCUGCAGGAAAGAUAAAAACCGUUCACAGUAUUCAGUGAAAGAAGAUGGGAUGCCUGACAAGAAUCCAGCUGAAAGGAAUACGGUAUUUAUUUAUAAUGAUAAAAAGAGCACUGACGACUCAGGACACGCACAUCUUCAGUGGCAGCUCAAUCUCCUUACACACAUAGAGAAUGUCCAGAAAGAAGUUGCCAGCAGGAUGGACCUAAUAGAAAAAGAAGUCGAUGGUAAUUUUAAGAAAGAACUAAAAUACAGUGACUCUAUUCUGGAAAGCUGGCUUGAUUUCACAGGGGAGCUGGAGCCACCGGAUCCUCUUGCGAGACUGCCCCAACUUAAACGCCAUAUCAAACAGCUCCUAAUCGACAUGGGCAAAGUGCAGCAGAUAGCGACUCUUUGCUCCGUAUGACAGCAGUGAAAGCCGAAUGAGAAGAACGUGGGUCUCUUCAGGCGAUCGUUUUUAUUAUCCACAUGACUGCUACGUGGAUAGUUAUAAAAAGCUUAGUGUUGUUUGGUCACUUACUGAUUUGUGACAUCAGUAGGAUGGCACCUUGGAAAGGAAAAUGAAGAACAGCUUUAUCAAGGAAGCUGAUGUUAAAAAAAAGCUUAUGAGCAAGCUACACACGAUAAUGUGAUCUAUGCCAGGGAUCAAUGACGUGGAAUAUAACUUAUGCCAAGGAAAUCGAGUUGGCAGGAGUUUUGAAUAGUUGCUAACACGAAGCUCGAGAUACCUGUAGAAAGAAGUAUGGUGUGUUUAUGUAAUUUUUAGUAGAGAGGUCCAUGUAACGAAGCAGAAUUUGGCCUACAGCAAAAUUGUAGAGGAAACGGAAAUUCCGGAGAGUUCUGUAAGGUUGCUUAUACGAACUGUCUUCCCCACAGUUCGUCCGGCUGCACCGCAGUUUAGAGUAUUUAAACUUCUAUAGGAUCAUGAGCUGUUUAUUAGGUGAUGAAUGUCCUUAAUCAGAAAACUGACGGUGGAAGCCUCACUUCCCAGGAAAACAGUUGUGGAAUUCUUGCUUCAUUGUGAUCACAUAUUUAAAAACAAAUGCCAAAUAAUUGGAAUUUAUUUUGCAGGCAGUAAGCUCAUUGUAAACAGAAUGGCUCACGGAAGGGUCAGCGUGCCAAAUGACGACGACACUGCUGGGGAGAGAACGUUAAAUACCCCGGGAGUUCUACUCCCAACGUUUUACAUAGGCCGUCAGCCCAUCAGACACCCGAUGUCCUACACGGGACACACGUACUCUGUAGAGUUGAAUGCGGUAUUCAGGCAUCGGCGUACAGCUUGAUCCUGAGUAUGCUUGGUGUUUGCCUUCAGAUAAAAAUUGUAAAUAACCUCAGCUGGGAUGAGGAGUGACAAAAAUGUCGAAACAAUUUGUGGCUGUGGAUUUUUUUAACUGCUGGUAGUGGAAUACUGGAAACGCUUCAUUUCUGAAGAUGAAUUUUAUUUUUAAAAAAUACACGCGCACUCAAAAUGUUUAGCUUUGGUCACAAAUGGACAAAUUUCUGAAACCAAAGGCAACUAUAAGUUGCUGAGUUAGCUCUUGCUGGAGUUCGGGCCCGGGUCCUCCUGUCUGCCAGUGCCCUUGUGAGUCGUGUGCCACCAUGCUUUGUGCGCAGGUGUGCGUCCGCGUGUGCUUGUUUGAAACAAACACUCAACGUACAUAUGUACAUAGUCUACACAUAUUUAUAUCUACACAUAUCUAGUUUUAUUACUAUAGACUAUAAGAGUUGGUGGUUAACAUGAAAUGUUACCUUUUAACAGACUGUUUUUAAAAAUUAAAAAUGUAUGUACAGGUUUUGAAACUUUUUUAAAAAGGGGGAAAAAGACUGUUAAGAGGAGGCUAUUUGAUGAUAUAACACUUGAAUAUUUUAUGCCUCAUUCUGUUUAUCAGUUCUAGCGAUCUGUGUAAAUGCAUUGUAGAACUGAUACACAGUAAACUUGAAUUUAUCUUUGAUAAGAAUACAUGCCACUGUACAUUCAGAUAUUAUUUAAAUUUGCAAACACACUGUUCUAUAUGUAAGGUACUGUAUGUAAAACCCUUUAUUAAAACUAUUCCACAUAUCCUGAAAUUUCAGCUUGCCUUUUUGUGGCCUUAUAUUUUGAUGUAAAGACGAUUAAAAGAAUGUGCAAAACA